GCCCACACAACCAAACGACGAGCACACACACACGGAAGCAGCCCUAUUUUGCUGUAGGGAGGCGGGGAGAGAAGCGGCAGCCCAGAUUGCGCGUGAUUUCUAGAGGAGGUCUCCGUAUUCGAGGGGGGCUUAUUUCUGGACGUUAGGUGUUGGGAGUGGGCUUGGAGCGAGGUAGCCGCAGAGGGAUUCAGGAUUGGCGCCUUGCUUGAACCUGUGGGUGCGGGAGCCACCAUGUCCGACGAAGCCGCACAGAUCAAUGUCUUGAGGCAAGCCCUCGCGGCUACCCAAUCCACGGAUGCCGACCAACGAAAGCAAGCCGAAGCUUUCUUGAAAAGCAUGGAGCAGCAGCCCACGUACGCCCAGCGGUUGGUGGGAGUGAUAGAGGCACACUGCGCAGGAACUACCGUCGAGGACAAGACUAUGCGCACGCUCGGGGCCGUAGUGUUCAAGAACCUCGUCAAGGAAAAGUGGGCCCCGGAGGAUGACGGCGACGGGAAGGAGAACUGCCUAGCGGAGGCGGACAAGGAUACGAUCAAGGCCAACAUCGUGCCGCUCAUGUGCAGGGCACCGCCGGAGGUCCAGCGCCAGUUUGCCGAGGCCCUGACGAUCAUCAGCAAAGUCGACUUCCCUGCACGGUGGGCGAACCUCAUCGAAGACCUUGUCCGCCUGAUGAAGACUUCCGGCCAGGAUUACCACUCUCUGAACGGAGCUCUGCUGUCGGCCAACUCGGUGCUCAAGCGCUACCGUUACACGUUCAAGAGCGACGCCCUGUUCAACGAGCUCAAGCACAUCGUGCUUCCGCACAUGGCGGAGCCCCUCCUGGUGCUGUUCAAGCAGACGUUCGUUGCCGUGGAGCAGUACAAGAGCAACAAGGAGGUCCUGGUGCAGGUGCUGGAGGCCGUCCGCCUCAUCAUGCGCAUUUUCUUCAGCCUCAACUGGCAGGACUUGCCGGAGGUGUUUGAGAACGACAUGGCCCCGUGGAUGGAGGGUUUCCACAAUUACCUGGAGGCGUACUCGAACCCUCUGCUCGACCAGCCGGAAGGAAGCGAGGCGCCCGGGCCCAUCGAGCGCGUGCAGGCAGCCAUCGUAGAGAACAUCCGUCUGUACACGGACAAGUACGACGAGGAAUUCGACCCGCACCUCAAGUCCUUCACGCAGGGGGUGUGGGGGUUGCUCAUGAAGGUUUCUGCCGGCAAGCACCACGAUAUCGUCGCCACGACCUGCAUCAAGUUCCUGACGCUGGUGGUGGGCAAGCAGAUCCACAAGGACCUGUUCGGGUCGGAGGCGACGCUGACGGAGAUAAUUCAGAAGAUCGCCAUCCCCAACAUCACCAUGCGGGCCGCGGACGAGGAGCUGUUCGAGUUCAACCCGGACGACUACAUCUCCGGAGACAUGGGCGGCGGAGACAAUGAGACUAGGAGGAGAGGCGCGUGCGACCUCCUGAGGAGCAUGUGCAAGCACUACGAGGAGCCCACCACUCGCAUCUGCUCGGUCUUCGUGACGGGCAUGUACCAGGAGUACAGCGUCAACCGAGAGGCCAACUGGCGGUCCAAGGAUGCCGCGGGCGGGUGGUAA